CUGCAGAGCCCGGACUGAGGUUUGGAGCAGCAACCACGACUAAGAGGUUUAGAUUCAGUAAAGGGGCCGAGGCGCAGGGAUCCUGGACGGUCUCUUCUCGCUUAUUUUACAUUUCCCUUCACUGUCGACAAGUUUUGUAUAUACAAAAAAAAAAAAAACUAUUCAUCCCAUGAGUGUUAAGUGAAAGUCUGACUGCGAGUGUAAUUAUCAACCGGUGUGCUCAGCAAGUGCGGAGUAUUUUGUUGUUUUCAGAGUUUUGACAGAAGUCGUUCGCUGAGCGCAACAACUGCCUCGGAGCUCAGUUUGGAUUAUUCGGCGGACGUGUGUCGUUCAGGGCAAAAACACAGCUUUACCUCGCUCCAUACAGACUUCACCUAAAAGUCUGGACCGCUGUCAAAGCGCACUUCUCGGCGUCUUUUAGGUAUGCCUGUGGUCAUCAGUGUGUCACCGGACAGGUAACCAUGUGUGUUGCUGCUGUCAUGGCCUUGCCUUUACUGCGGCUGUUUCCUGUCACUGUCGUCACAGUCCUGGUGGCACUGGUGUCAUCUUCAGAGGAACAUGAGUGGCACUUUAACCCAGCUCAGUGUCGUUACGCCCUCGGGAUGGAGGAUGGAACCAUCCCAGACUCUGACAUCACUGCCUCCAGCGCCUGGUCAGACUCCACUGAGGCCAAACAUGGAAGGUUGAGUACUGGAGAGGGGGAUGGAGCAUGGUGUCCUGCUGGAGCUGUUUUCCCCAGUGGAUCAGAAUACCUUCAGAUUGACCUGCGCAAACUCCACUUCCUGGCUCUGGUUGGUACCCAGGGUCGCCAUGCCGAUGGACACGGGCAGGAGUUUGCUCGCAGUUAUCGACUCCGCUAUUCUCGAGACGGAGUGAAAUGGAUCACCUGGAAAGAUCGCUGGGGCCAGGAAGUGGUGUCAGGUAAUGAGAACACCUACGAUAUUGUGCUGAAAGAUUUGGGUCCUCCUAUCGUGGCCCGCAUGGUGCGCUUCUACCCCCUGGCUGACCGGGUUAUGAGUGUUUGCCUUCGAGUAGAGCUCUAUGGUUGUGUAUGGGAUGAUGGAUUGAAGGCUUACACAGCUCCAGUGGGUCAUGUCAUGCACCUGUCUGGCCCGUCUGGCAUGCCUGUCUACCUUAACGACUCCACCUACGAUGGGAGCACUGAGCAAGGGAUGCAGUUUGGAGGCCUGGGUCAGCUGUGCGACGGUGUCCUGGGAGGAGAUGAUUUCAUACAGACCAAGGAGCUGAGGGUGUGGCCCGGGUACGACUACCUGGGCUGGAGCCGGGAAGCCCUCGGGCAAGGCAGCGUGGACAUCGAAUUCCACUUUGAGAAACCACGAGUCUUCCAUAACAUGCAGGUGCACAGUAACAACCGCCACACUCAGGGCGUGCGAGUCUUCAGCAAAGUGGAGUGUCUUUUUAAGCCCGGCAUCCUCCAGCCCUGGUCCUCUCCCACCCUCACCCUGCCUGUGCCCCUAGAGGAUCUGAAGGACCCUUCCUCAAGACCCAUCUCCCUCCCACUGGGAGGCCGGCCGGCUCAGAUCCUCCGCUGCAAAUUCUACUUUGCUGAUCGCUGGCUGCUCAUCAGCGAGAUAUCCUUCCUCUCUGAGCCAUACGAGGAGGAUGUCACAGAACCUGAUUUGCUUCCUCCUAAUCCUCCCAAUUUUCCUGCCAUCAAUUCCUCUCCUCCUCCCGUAAACCACACCUCCCCCUCUCCCACAUCGAGCCACAGCUCCUCCAACACCACCGCUGGCCCCUCUGAAACCCCCACCACCAUCACCACCUUCAUGACGGACACCACUGGUAACUGGACGCUGUCAGGGCCAGAAUUCGCUGCUGUUACUCCCAGAGCGGGCCUUCCUGUAGCCAAGGAUGACAGCAGUAAUACGGCUAUUCUGAUUGGAUGCUUGGUGGGCAUCAUCCUUCUGCUGCUGGCUGUGAUAGCUGUCAUUCUAUGGAGACAGUACUGGAAAAAGAUACUGGGCAAGGCCCAGGGUAGCCUGUCCAGUGAUGAGCUGCGGGUCCACCUGUCGGUCCCCUCGGACAAUGUGGUCAUCAACAACACACACAGCUACUCGAGUCGCUACCAGCGCAUCCACACUUUCCCUGACGACCGUGACCAUGACAGGGAGGGAGAGGGCGAGUACCAGGAGCCCAGUGCUUUGCUCCGGCCGAGGGAUCACAGAGACAGCACAGCCUUGCUGUUAAACAACCCAGCCUAUCACCUGCUCCUGUCAGAUCACAGAAAAGGCUCGAGACCCCUAGUCGUCCCCAGCACCAGUCAGGCUCAGGAAAAGAGCCUCAAUGUGCCCCAGGCCUGUGGUUUGGAUAUGGACAUGGAGAAGGGUUUCCCCCCAACUCAGGACGAGCCUCCUCCCUACCCCGGCUCCCCUCCUUACCCCUCCCUUUCUCCCCCCGUAUCUCCCCCGCUACCUCCCAGCGUCCCCCACUAUGCUGAAGCAGACAUUGUGAGCCUGCAGGGUGUCAGCGGCAACAACACCUACGCCGUGCCCGCCCUGGCUUCCUCGAGCCCCGGGGCAGAUGCUGCCCCGCUGCCGGAGCUCCCACGCCAAUGUCUCAUCUUCAAGGAGAAACUGGGAGAGGGACAGUUUGGGGAGGUGCACCUGUGUGAAAUCGAGAACCCUCAGGACCUUCCCAACUUGGAGUUCCCCUUCAAUGUGAGAAAAGGUCGCCCUCUUCUGGUCGCAGUGAAGAUACUACGACCAGACGCUUCCAAGAAUGCCAGGAACGACUUCCUGAAAGAGGUGAAGAUCCUGUCUCGCUUGAAGGAUCCGAACAUCAUCCGCCUGCUGGGAGUGUGUGUGAGCAGUGACCCGCUAUGUAUGGUUACUGAGUAUAUGGAGUGUGGAGACUUGAACCAGUAUCUGUCCCACCGAGUGCUUCUGGAUAAGACAGGACCCUCACACAACACCCCGACCAUCAGUUAUCCGGCCCUCAUCUCCAUGGCCAGCCAGAUUGCAUCUGGAAUGAAGUUCCUCUCCUCCCUCAACUUUGUGCACCGUGAUCUGGCCACGCGUAACUGUCUGGUUGGAGGCGAGAGGGGUGAGAGCGGGGAGGAUCGGGGCGGCGAGCGUCACAUCAAGAUAGCCGAUUUCGGCAUGAGCAGGAAUCUGUACGCAGGAGACUACUACAGGAUCCAAGGCAGAGCUGUGCUGCCAAUACGCUGGAUGGCCUGGGAGUGUAUACUCAUGGGUAAGUUCACCACGGCCAGCGACGUGUGGGCGUUCGGGGUCACUUUGUGGGAGAUGCUGAGUGUUUGUCAGGAGCAGCCGUACUCCAACCUCACAGAUGAACAAGUCAUCGACAACGCUGGGGAGUUCUUCAGAGACCAGGGCAGACAGGUGUAUCUGAGCAGGCCAGCUGUGUGUCCUCAGGGUCUCUACGAGCUCAUGUUGAGCUGCUGGAACAGAGACUGCAAGCUCCGCCCGUCCUUCGCCUACAUCCACUCCUUCCUCACUGAGGACGCCAUGAACAUGGUGUAAAGUGCGAAUCAGAGAAACUUGAGAAGAAUGGCAACGUGAAAGAGGGGAGACGUCUCAUGCAUUUAUGCAUCCUUGCUACGGUGAGAAGGUGUGGGAAGGUGGUGGAGGUGCUGCACAGCAGAGGCAGAUAAGAGGGGAGAGUGGGUUGCUUGCUUUUAUAUUUUGUACUUUUUGAGGGGAUGGGGCUGAGACGCCGCUGGUUCGGUUUAUUUCCACUUCAGACCCCAACCCCAGAGGCAAAACUAAUCCCAGCUUUAGACAGGUAACAGUCCGAGAUACAUUUCAGUGGUUGGUGGUGGGUGCAGUCUGCAUAGGAACUUUUUCUUUUCUCAGAUACUAAAUGUAUAAGGAGGGUUUAUUUUGACUGGUGAUUAAGUACUGUAGAGUUCAAAAUACAGGAAGCUAAACAGCAGAUAAAAUACUCUGCUAUGAUCGUAGCAAGCUAGGAAAUUAACUGUUUAUAAGUUUCAUAACUUUUCUCUAUUCAACAUGUCAUGCUACGUGCAGGGCAAACGGUGAAGGCGCACGACACACAAAGUUCUCAUUCAGAGAUGAAACUGCGCACACAGGGAUUGUCUUAGUAUUUAUAGUAUGUAUAGCCCUCUCUACAUGUUUCAGUAAAUUUAAUUCAGUAAAAUUAAAUUUUCUCAGACACAAACAAGUCUAAGAAAAGAUCUUAACACUUAGACAUGGCUGAUGGCUAACUUGCUUGGUGCUGGGAGAACCUACCGUGUUUGUUGACCCUUCAAUCCUCUAUCUCAGCCCCAAAACCUUACAUAAGGACCCGCAUCCACAGCUGUAACUCUAAGUUGUUGUAGGCUAAUGUGAAAUGAUGUGGACCAGACAACAGCAGCCCCCCCGCCCAUCUGCAAUGUAAUCGUGUCAAGUUUGCUCUCAACCACCGAUGCCCCAUUGUAGUCAAAAAGACAAAUAAGUGUUUGAACCCCGACUUUAAGCCACAGAAAAAGAAAAUAUCCCUGAUGUCAAACAGACUUCUCAAACCUGAGGAAAAAGACACCAAGGAGGUGAAUCUGCUGCUGCCGAUGAGAUGUGAUCCACAAACUGGAACGGCUUUUCCAAGCAGAGACGAUGAUGCCAGCCAGAGCAGUGGACAUGACAUCUUCAGAUGCGCCUGCUCAGGUGUUUUGGUGAUUUCUUUUUUGACUUUUUUUUUCUUGUAUCUGACCCUGACCCAGAUACAAAGGAUAGAUGUAAAAUUCCACAGCCAGCUGCACUUUAAAUCCUACACUCGUAUCACCCCAGCCAUGAUGAAACUCUUCUCUGAGGGGCCUGAUGUGAUAUGAUUCCUCUCGAUGUGGAUCUUGAUGCAUUUUACCUGCAGUGAUUUUUAAGAUAUUUGCCAGGGGAGAUCAAAAUGCAUCACAGAUGUAUUUUGAAAGGACAUUACCUGUUUGCCUUUUUAAAUCCUCUCCAACAAGGCAAUGCCAAACCAUUAGAUGUAAAAUAUUAUUAUUUUUAAAAUGGAAUGGCACCAUCAGUUCAUCUCAUUUUAAAUGUAUGAAAACCUUUUGUUCUGAAACUUUCAGUGUGUUGAGACGUGUUUACUCAUCAAUAAUCUGUCUUUGCUCAUCCAAACGCAUUACUGCAACUUAAAAUCACAGUUAUGGCAUUUCUCAAACAGGGAAUGCGGGGAGUGUUGAUUUUAGUGUGAAUGUCAACAUUAACCUCUGCAUUAUCCCAUGUUUCGUACAUUAAGCUGACCGCGGUAGAAUCAAUCCAUCUACCUUACUGAUUGUAUAGCACUGUAAAUCAGUCCUGAGAUGAUCAAGAUUAUCAAGUACUACAUGUUUACUGAUUGUGAAUGGUCAUGCCAUUUGAGUCAUUUUUGAUACACUGUAGUUCAACUAAGCCCAUAUUUUUAUAUAUACUGUAUGUACUUAGACACUCCUUGAUGUCUGAUUUCAUCCUUUCGUUGAACAUUAUAAUAUGUACAUAUUUUCAGGACAGAAUUGUAAUUUCCUUUACUAAUAUAUAGAAAGCUCUUUGUUACAUUUGGGGUCUUCUGUAUCUCUGUAGAACGCUUGCUACCUUGAUGCCAUUGUAAUUCAUUGUGUUGUCUAUUUUUGUAGAUGUUUUAAUAAAGGUAUCCUUUUCAAAUAAAUCAAGAUGUGCUCUUAA